AUGAAUAACAUGACAAUGAUGGUUGAUAAAACAAUGGAUGGAAAGGAGGACUUUAUUUUGGGUGGUAGUAUAGCUCUCGGAGAGGGUAGUAUGAUGAGUAGCACUAGCACUAGUGUAGAGCUGAGUCAAUACCAUUUAAAAGAGGAACAGCUGAAUGCAUCUCAACGGUUUCCAGUUUCGUCCAUAGAUGACGUUGUUUCCGAUGCUGCUGGAACUAUUUCUUCCAUUGAUGAAUUUGAUAAUACACGAAAUGAAAUACAGACAAAUUCAAAAUUUGAAUAUUUGGGUAAAUUAUUUAACAAGAUGAAUUUUAUAGAUAAGGGAUUGUUUAAUGUGACAAAUCUUGGAGUUUCAUUCUUUUUGAUGUUUUGCUCCUAUGAGACAACUCAAAACUUUUUGACUACCAUUAGAGAGGAGGAAGGAUUUGUUGCAUUGGCAAUAUUGUACGCAAUGUUUGCAUUUGCUAGCUUUUUAUCUCCAUCUUUUUGUAAGGUUGUUGGUGUAAAAGGUUCAUUGCUAAUUGCUAGUACAGGAUAUGUGCUUUUUGUGUUUUCUGCUGCUUUGAAUAGUGCUGCCUUACUCUAUCUUGCCUCUGGUUAUGGUGGAUUUUGUGCUGGAUUAUUGUGGACAGCUCAAGCAAGCAUGUUAACCAUGUCAGCAACCUAUUCACAAAAUGUUAGAAGGAGAAAGUUGGAAAAGCAACAAGAAUCCAAUGAGAUUGAACUCAGGGAUACCAAGAGUCAGGCUGAUAAGAAAUCAAUGCUAGCAGAAGAAGGCAAGACAAAUGAAGAAGGCAAUAGUAAUAGUGGUGGUAGUGGUGGAGAAUUACUGGGUUUCUACAGUGGUAUUUUCUUUGCCCUUUUCCAGGCAAAUUACAUUGGUGGUAAUUUGUUGGCUGGUAUUUUGCUUAAUAUGGGAAUUUCAAAUUCAUUGAUAUUCAUUAUUUUGGGAAUUAUUUGCAUUUUAGGUUGCUUGACAUUGUUUGGAUUGAGACCACUCGAUAAGAAAUACUUGGUUUCCACCAACGAAAACAAUGAAACUGAGAAUGUAUCCGAAUUGAAGGGUUUUGAAAAGUUGAAAGAACAAGCAAAGGAAUUCUUGUCACUUGUUAAGGGAACUGUAUUGGUAUUAUUUUCUAAAAAGAUGAUCAUCUUUUCCUUUAUCAGUAUAUAUUCUGGAUAUUCACAAGGAUUUUUCUAUGGCACCUUGCCUCCAAUUAUUGGUAAACUCAUGGUAGGAUGGGUUAUGAUUCUGUUUGGUAUUGUUCAAGUAAUUGCUGCCCUUUUAUCAGGAAAAUUGAAUGACAUGGUUGGAAAACGAAUUAGUAUGGUGAUGGGAUUGAUCAUUCACGCAAUAGCCAUUGCCCUUUCAUUCCAAAUGAUUUAUUGGGGUCAUAUUUACAAACCAAAUGGUACUGAAGGAGUCCCAUUUGAGGUCUUGCUGAUACACUUUGUAACUAUGGGAUUAUUUGCUGCAGGUGAUGCCUUCUUAACCAAUUCAAUUUAUUCCAUCCUUGGUAGUAAGAAUUACUACAAGAAGAAAAAUACCUCUGAGGCCUUCUCUGGUUUUAGAUUUAUUCAGGCAAAUAGUUCAGCAGUUGGAUUUAUUAUUCCUACCUUUACACCAAUAAUUGCAAUUCAAUCAUUAAUGGUUGGAACAUUCUUAUUGUGUAUAGUGGCAUUUCUUGUCUUGGAUGUGUUUAUUGCAUCAGUGGAUAAGGAUAAGAAGAAGGGUCCAAAAGGCAGCAAAAAAGCAGCCAAAGAUCAAGAUACCAGUAGAGAUAGCAUUGAACUCGUAAAUAAUCCAAACAAUACUAGCAUUGAUACUAUUAAUGCUAGUGAAGCCUCUGUUUAA